CUCAGAAAGAGGCAAAUCGCAAUGAGGAGCGCGCAGGGGGAACCAGAUCCUUUUUAUAUAAUCACCUUUUUUUUCCUUUGUUCUUAUUUCUAAGGACUUACUAUAAGUUUUAGGCUGUAAUAGCUUUAAUCUGUUUAUACAUAACGGUUUCCUUUACAUCUCCGCCCAUUCUGAGCGUCCUUUUUUCUUUAGUUUUUGCCUCUUUUGUUUCGUAUGUUCUGAAGAGUCUGCUAUAUCAAAGUCCUGCAGUUGGAUCACAAUGAUUUUUGUGGAUUGUUAUUAGCGACAGUAGUGAGCGCCUGUCUGCUCACAGUUUCGGUUUUAGGUGAAAAUGCUUCAUGAUGAGGAGGAGCAGGCGGUGACUCCAAGCUGUGCGCAGCACGGGACAGCGCUCUGCAGCAGUGGCCCCUCCAGUCUGGACAGCAGCUCAAUGGGGCCCCUGCCACCUGCUUACCCUAAAGCGGAGUUCAAGAGAAAUUCAGUGACUGAUGACUAUAAGAUCACAUCUCAGGUGCUUGGUCUGGGAAUCAAUGGAAAAGUGCUGGAGUGUUACUGUAAGACCACAGGGGAAAAAUGCGCCCUCAAGAUUCUCUAUGACACUCCUAAAGCCAGACGAGAGGUUGAACUACACUGGCGAGUUUCAGGAGGCCCCCACAUUGUGAGAAUCCUGAGUCUGUAUGAGAACAUGCACCAGGGGAAGAAAUGUCUUCUCAUUGUGAUGGAGUGCAUGGAGGGAGGGGAGCUGUUCAGCCGCAUCCAGGCCAGAGGGGACCAGGCCUUCACCGAGAGAGAGGUGUCGGAGAUCAUGCAUGACAUUGGCACAGCCAUAGAGUACCUCCACCAUGUGGACAUUGCUCAUAGAGAUGUGAAGCCUGAAAACCUGCUGUACACAACAAAAGACAGCAACGCUACGUUAAAGCUGACUGACUUUGGCUUCGCAAAGGAGACUAAACUGCAUAACUCCCUCCAGACCCCAUGUUACACCCCGUAUUAUGUUGCCCCGGAAGUGCUGGGGCCAGAGAAAUAUGACAAGUCAUGUGACAUGUGGUCUCUGGGAGUCAUCAUGUACAUCUUGCUCUGUGGAUUUCCCCCCUUCUACUCCAACACAGGUCAGGCCAUCUCUCCAGGUAUGAAACAGAGGAUCAGACUGGGCCAGUAUAAUUUUCCAAACCCUGAGUGGGCCGACGUUUCUGAGGAAGCCAAACAGCUGAUUGUUCGGUUACUGAAGACGGAGCCCAGUGAGAGGAUGACCAUCAGUCAGUUUAUGAAGCAUCCCUGGAUCAGUCAGUCGAUGGUGGUCCCUCAAACACCUUUACACACCUCUCGGGUUUUGACAGAAGAUAUGGAGCUUUGGGAUGAUGUGAAGGAGGGAAUGACCAGUGCCCUGGCCACCAUGCGCGUGGACUACGACCAGGUAAAGAUCAAGGACUUGGACACGUCCAACAACCCUUUGCUAAACAAGAGACGCAACAGGCCGACACCUAGAGCGACAGGCGACGCAGAGGGUGAGGACAGGGGAAGCAGCGAGGGAGGCGUGGUGUGAAACAGUCAGAUGGAGAUGACGUUUACUGAAGAGCUUGAGGAGAGACUGAUUACUGGAUAAAACUGGUGUAAAAGGAAGCUCUAAGUAAUACUCCAUCGACAUAUCAUACUCUCUGUGUUUUCUUUGUGUUGCAUUUAUCAUCAAUAAAAAAGAAACAUUUAUAUUUUAACAAUU